AUGUCGGGCGAAUCUCCCGAGGCGCGGGAGAAGAGACUCGUAGGAACCGUUCAGAUUCGGAUCCUCGAGGCCUCUAACAAGGAAGAGAAGCUCAACGAACUGCUAAAGAAGUACCUGUGUGCCUUGCUACUCAAGGCUACGAGCGAACAUGCCUCUGUCCGCAAUGAGGUCAUCCAAUUUGCUGGAAAGCUCAAGACUCUGAUCAUGCACCCUAGCAUCGUUCUACCCGUCGAGGCUCUCAUUGACCAGUAUAAAAACAACACAUCACCCAUUCUUCGUGUCCUUGACAUGUCAUUUAUCCAGCACAGCAUCGGUCGUAUGGAAGACUACGAUCGCCGCGCCCUCGUCAGUAAAGUCGCGCAGGGCAUCUCAUCACCGUCACUGGGACCGACGCAGCCAUCCAUGUUCAAUGUUUUACUCAAGAUCAUCCCGGAUAUCCAAGUGCCAUCUCGCGGCAGCGAAGAGGACAUGGCAUUUCGUGAGGCUAGUGGUCUGACCGACGAUGCCGACGCCGCAUUCAUAGCCAAAUGGCUAGGCAAGGUUCUCCUCCUGAGAAUCCCCGGAGGCUCAAACCUCAGCCGUGAGGAUUUUGAGAGGCUCAACCCGGCACUCACUUCAGAGGAUCUGGAUUUCCUGAAGCCUGAACAGCGCGACACGGCGUCUGCGUAUCAGAAGAUGCAGGAUCUGCGUCGCAAAAUUGCACAGCUGCUGGCUAGUGGCGCAUUCAAGGAUGAGGAGAGGCUCUUACCCGCUCUGUCCGCGGCUGCCAGCCCCGAUUACCAAGUUUCGCAGGUUGGAGAGGAUAUUCUCAAAAGAAUGACCAUCGACUUUGAAAAGAAGGAGAUUGUGGACGAGCUCUACACUUCUCAUGCAAGACUUCCCGCGCCCCAUCGUAUCAGAAUUCUCAACCUCCUUUCCAAGUCAAAACUAGCUACAACAAUGCACGACCGGAUAUAUGCCGUCGUCACUCUCGACUUUGGCACGGAGACGUCGUCAAACACACCAGCUCAUCUCCAGGCUACAAGUGGUCUGGAACGCAACAAGCUCCACAAGGCUCUCUUCUACUUUAUCAACUGGGCAGCGACACAGGGUCCUACACAAGGCCCAUUCACUAUAGGCUCAAAACUCAUCGAUAUGAUGCGCUCGUAUGUUGAGGAUCAAGGCUGGCCAGCUCCAAGAACCCUCUCAGCGGACGAAGAGAUCCUGAGGGCCAUGGCCUACGACCUUCUCGGAUCACUUGGCAUGGGAAGCCCGUUGAGUGUUCAGGACAGAAUGCACCUUGUCGGCUGGCUUUUCCGUUCUCUUUCGGAAGAUCCUACAGCGGAGGCAGUUGUUAACAUCGAGGGCUCGCUUUCGGGCCUGACAAGGAGUUUCGACCCGAAGAACGUCAGCGGCGAAGGUCGCGGCACCGGAACGGGAAACCUGAUUUCCCUCCUGCUUCACUAUAUGGAACUGCCCGAAGACCCUCCAGUGGUGCGCAGCGCACGUUUCUCGGCUGUCAAGUGGGCGAACCAGACCAUCGCAUCGUGGGAUGAGCGGGGUAGAUGGAUCGACAUCCUCGCCAUUGCCGGACGCAGGGGAGAACGGACCGAAGUCAUCGAGGAAGGCCGUAAAGGCUUGGACCCGUGGACUUACCGUGACGGCGAGAACCACAAGAUGCCCGACUGGAUCAAGCUGAUGGUUUACCUCUUCUGUGAGAAGAUUUCCGACGAUUUUACGGGUGAAGAGUUCAUCAGCGGAACCACCCCAAAGAAGUAUCAUCUCGAGUUCGACGAUGAGGCGACGAUUCAGAACUUUGAAGGCGACAAACUCUUUGCCUACCCGGUUGCCGUAGAGUACGUCAAGAGAGCCAUGUUCAUCGCGGCUCUGCCUGACUUCCCUCUCGUUCCCGGCUGGACAGAGCAGCUUGAUACUCAAGUUCGCAACGACAUCAAGACCCGCGACAAGAUCCGCGCCUACCUUCGCUCCAUCGAUGAAGAACACGUCGCCCUUCUCAUCAAAGUUUGCUUCGAUGGCGUGCGUCUCAAGAACAAGGAGGGUGCCAACCCCAUUGUUGAAAGCUGUCUGAGGUCACUCGUCGACAUUGCCUCCCUCGCUCCCUCUGGCUCCAUCAACCACGUCGCCGGGUACGCACAUUUGUUGCAAGCCUGUACGAGGAACAACAACCGCCACAUCCGCUUCCUCUCCGCGCAGGCUUGCGGCAUCUUGGUUCCUCAUCCCCUUAAUGGGGUGGAUCUGGACAUCCCCGAUGAAGCGACCGCCAAGCAGUUGAGAAACCAGCAUAUCCAGGAGUUCUUGCGGAAUCUCAAGGUCAUGAUUCUCGCAUGGGAGAGCUCGGUGGGCACCUAUGCUAACGCGGUCGAGGGAGCUAUCCAGGCAUUUGGGCACAUCUUUUCCAGGGCGGUCUACUACGGUCUCCCGAUUCCCGCCGACACUCAUCUGCCUUCCAAGCUACUGAUGGACAAGAGCCACCACCGUCCUUCGUUGGAGGACGCCAUUCUCGAUUGCUACGCUGAGCUGUGGACCGCCGGUCUUUCGCAGUAUAUCCCGGACAACGUUAAUAACCUCACGGCCGACUACGUGAUUGAGAGACUCGGAGAAAAGGCCGCGGCAGGUAGCGACAAGGCCAUCUUCGCGCUCGGUCGACUUGCGUUGGCAUUCAACGAGCCCAACGAAGAGGCCACCCCCGAAGACGGCAUUUUGUAUCCCUCUAGCAAGACUUCUGGCAUCGACAGUGUUUUGCGCGUGCUUUUUGGCUUGCACACCAGACGUGAGACGGAGAUCCAGUUCACCGUCGGAGAGGCCAUCACCGCCGCCAUCGCCUGCUGGGACUCGGACUUUGUGAAGUUGACCAAGAACGUCGACGGGCAGGAUGGGCCUUGGAAGAAGGAAAAGAGAAGCAAGAGAAUCACUGCCGUUCUUGACAAGCUUUUCAAAGAUUCCAAGACUACCAAGCCAUCUCUCCUCAAGGCCUCCGGCAUCUGGCUCUUCUGCGUUGUCCAGUACUGUGGACAUCUCGACGAAGUUCAGUCGCGUCUCCGAGAGGCUCAGGUCGCUUUCAUGAGACUCUUGAGCGCGCGCGACGAGCUGGUCCAGGAGACUGCCUCCCGCGGUUUGUCUCUGGUAUACGAGAAGGGCGACGAAGACCUGAAGCAGGAUCUGGUUAGGGACCUGGUAUCGGCUUUUACUGGCAACAGUACGCAGAUCAAGGUCGAAGAGGAGACAGAGCUGUUCGAGCCCGGUGCUCUGCCAACCGGCGAAGGAAAGUCAGUCACGUCGUACAAGGAUAUCGUCAACCUCGCCAACGAAGUCGGCGACCAAAGUCUGGUCUACAAGUUCAUGUCUCUUGCCACCAAUGCAGCGACCUGGUCGACGCGUUCAGCGUUCGGCAGAUUCGGUCUGAGUAACAUCCUCUCCGAGUCGGAGGUCGACCCGAAGCUGUACCCCAAGCUCUUCCGCUACCGUUUCGAUCCGAAUAGCAACGUCCAGCGCUCCAUGGACGACAUCUGGAAGGCCCUCGUCAAGAACCCCAACGAGACAAUUAGCGUCCACUUUGACGCCAUCAUGGAGGACCUUUUGAAGAACAUCCUCGGCAAGGAAUGGCGUGUCCGCCAAGCUAGUUGCGGCGCCAUUUCCGACCUCAUCUCGGGACAGCCUUUCCACAAAUACGAGAAGUACUACGCAGAGAUUUGGACUGCGGCAUUGAAGGUUCUUGACGAUGUCAAGGGAUCGGUUCGCGAAGCGGCGCUGAAACUGUGCAUGGGCUUGACGAACACCAUUGUCCGCCAGCUCGAGGAGGGCGGUGCCUCAUCCUCAGCGCAGGCCAUGCUCAAGCAAGCCCUCCGCUUCCUCCUUUCCCCGAGCGGACUCGAGAGCGGCGUGGACGAAGUAAAGAUGUUCUCGCUCAAGACCAUCAUCGACAUUACCAAGAAGGGCGGUCCUAACCUGAAACCCUUCAUCGUCGACUUCAUACCGCCUCUCCUCGGCCUCCACAGUACCAUCGAGCCGGAGCAGAUCAACUACGCCUACCAAAAGGUUAGCGAGGACUCGAGAGACCAGCUGGACAAGCUCCGAGCGAGAUGGGUCAACCAGUCGCCCAUUUCCGAAGCCAUCGACAACUGCCUGCGCCAGCUAGACGCAGACGGCAUGAGACAGCUCGCGCCCAAGCUCGAGGAGAUCAUUAAGACGGCUAUCGGCAUGCCGACCAAGAUUGCAUGUGCUAGGUUGAUUGGUGAUUUGGUUAUGCGCCACGCGGUCGACUUCAAGCCGGUCUCGGCCAGGUUCAUGCAAUUGAUGGAGAAGCAGGCGCUCGACCGCAACGACGAGGUGAGCAAGGGCUACGCCCGUGCCGUGGGAUACCUCAUGCGUAUCGUGCCCGACGCGUCCAAGGAGCGGCUCGUCGACAAGUUCAUCGAGCUCUAUUUCGGAAGCGAGGACGAAGCCCGGCGCGCCAAGGUGGCAGAUGUUGUUCUUGGAGUGUCGAAGCUCGCCCCCGACCACUUCAACAGGCUGGCGACGAAGUUCAUCCCCUUUACAUACAUGGGCCUUCACGAUACGGACGAUUACACGCGAAAGUGUUUCGACGAGGUCUGGAGUCAGCAUGGCUGCAGUUCCCGCACCGUUGCCCGGUACGUCCCUGAGAUUGUCGGCUUCGUCAAGAGGGGCCUGGAGGCGCCCAGGUGGAACCUGCAGCAUACUGCGUCCUUCACCAUUGCGGCUACGGUCAAGGCGGUGGCCAAUUCCAGCGAUGCCACCGGACAGAUUUCCGAUGCGAACCUCAAGGUGAUCUGGCCGAUUUUCGACAAGGCCCAUGCUCUCAAGACGUUCCCCGGCAAAGAGAAACUGUUGGAGUCGUUCCCGCAGUUCGUUGGCAAGGGACAAAGUCUCUGGAAGAAUGACUCUGCCAUCGCUGCUCAACAGCUAAAGGUUGCUGUGCGCGAGGCGAAGCGGAACAACGAGGACUACCGACCCCAUGCCUUUACGGCUCUUUGGAAGUUUGCGGAACAGCGAGAUGAUCGUGACAUGCUCGAGGACAUUUCGACAAUCGUAAGUGGAGUGCUGGAUGAUAUGCUUGACGAGGAUAGAAUGGACGUCGACAGCACCGGCGACAAGACCCGAAAGGCGGCAGUCAGUGCCAUCGAGGCCGUCGCGAGGGGCUACAACCGUCCGCAGAUGAAGGAGAACCCGAUUGCGGUUAUUAAGAAGGUGUUUGAGUUGCUCAAAUCGUACCUUUCAAGCCCCAAGUUUGCCGCCAUCAAGCGCGAAGUGUGGUACGAAAGCGUCCGCGACCUAAUGAAGGCCGCUGAGAAGCCGGAUUCCGGCACUGCGGCUGAUGGCAAGGAGGUUGCUCUUGGGUACCUCCACAGUCUAGAUGUUGAGGCUGGCGAUGUGGGCACUGAAUCUCAACGUACUAUGAGAGCGCUCGCGGUCGGGCAAGUCUUCCAGGCGAUGCAACGGGGGGUUUUCCCGACGCCAACUGCGGAUGAGAGGAAGGGCUUUGUGGAGAUGACUAAGAAGAUGAUGGAUGGGGAGAGGUCUUUGGAGGUACAGAAGCAUCUCAAGGAGAUCUUGGGCGAAUUGGAGAAGUAA